AUGUCUGGUAGAGGAAAGGGCAGCAAAGGAGGUAAAGGCCUGGGAAAAGGCGGAGCGAAGCGGCACCGCAAAGUGCUCCGUGAUAACAUCCAGGGCAUCACGAAACCAGCCAUCCGGCGCCUGGCUCGCCGUGGCGGGGUCAAGCGCAUCUCGGGCUUGAUCUACGAGGAGACCCGCGGGGUGCUGAAGGUUUUCCUGGAGAAUGUGAUCCGGGAUGCAGUCACAUACACUGAGCACGCCAAGCGCAAGACGGUCACCGCCAUGGAUGUGGUGUACGCUCUGAAACGCCAGGGCCGCACUCUCUAUGGAUUCGGCGGCUGAGGAUAAAGCGACCCUUUUCCAGCGAACCCAAAGGCUCUUUUCAGAGCCACCCAAACCCUCCGAUAGAGAGCGGAGACCUGAGGACGGGGAAGGUAAUACAGAAUGUGGGGAUUGUUACUGUAGCCGGUUAUUAAAAUGUACUAAUACCGUGUUCUGCGGUACGGCAGAGAGCAUUCGGAGUGGACGGUUCACUUUGUUGCCGUUUACCGUGGCGAAUGAUUUUAAAAUUGCAAGUAUUCCCAUAGUGUUGGCUAUUCGGCCAAUCGCGACCCUACUGUUGUGCAACCUGGUUAUUCCAUGUAAAGAAUCACAUCGUAACUUGUAAGAUGUAGCAGCAGUAUUAGGCCAUUCUGGCCAUCCAGCUUGUUCUGCCAUUUCUGGC